GCUGUCACCAGCUGCCCACUUCUUCAGCGCGCGCUGCUUUCCAACACCAUCAGCAUGCGCUGCAGAUAAUUAUUCUAUCGAGUCAGUAAUCAUGCUCACGACUAGAAGAAUUGGCAUGAUGGCCACUCGGCCUCUGGCUCGCCCUGGCCAGACGUUGUGGCGAUACACAGCGCUUGUGCCCCAGACGCGGCGGGCGUGGGAGAGCACGAUUCCCACAACAUCAGCUAUCAGUCACGGCGAGAGCACACCGGUGGAAACAAUUACAGAAGAAAAGGCAACAGGACACUUCGAAGUCAAAUCCAACGAGUCCGUUCUCUUUUUCAGCAAUAUCUUCCCUCUUAAAGUCAGCAACUUUCUUGUCCGACCGUCGGAGACCGAUAAAGAACUCUCCGAUCUCAUGGGCCGCUUCAACAGCUCGCGACUCGGUAUCAUGGACCCGAUUCGCAUGGUGCGAGAAGCUAUACCUGCCGAUAUGCCUAUCAAGGUGACAGAGAUCUUGCCAAGACUUAAGGAUGGUGGUGCAUUCGUCAAAUUCCGAUACCCUGCCGACAUAGAUCCUCUAGAAAUCGAGACCAACCUGAUCAACCGACUGAAAGAGAACCCGGUGAAGCCAUGGUUCCACCUGUUUCGCGGCAUCCAGGCCCGACUUGUUCGAGGAACACCAUGGCUGGAAGAUCUCUACCGAUUCCCAGCCAGCAUUAUCAAAGUCGAGUUUGUCGCUACUGAGGCCGGAGGCCCUCCAGAGCAGCUAUCCGAAGAAGUCCUGUACAGCCUGUUUCGACGAUAUGGCAAGAUUGCCGAUAUUCUUCCACAGCCGGCCGAUUCCAAGGAUAUGCCAAAAUAUGCACAGAUUGCCUUCCCGUUGACGCGCGAUGCAAUCAUGGCACGCAACUGUAUGCACGGUUACAUUGUCAGCGAGGAAAAGGGCGGAGGUAAAGCAGGCACUGUUCUUCGCCUCUCCUACGUGCAGCGCCUCAAAGGCCACAAUAUCUGGAACUGGCUCACUAGUCACCCGCGUAUUGUUAUUCCAAUCCUGGCUGCGUUACUUGCCGGCUUUUCUGUCCUCAUUUUCGACCCUAUUCGCCAGUUCUUCGUCAAAUUACAUGUCCACCACUCUCUAAACUUUUCGGAAUCCAGAAUAUACAAGUGGUUCCAGUCGCACCGCCAGAGCUUCACAUUUGGUGCCAGGAGGGAAUCGGCAGACAACCUCAACAACGCUUGGAACCAUCGUAAAGAAGUCAUUACUCAGCUUGAAGAAUGGGUGGGUGAGACUUCAGACAACUUCAUCGUCGUCACUGGCCCGAAGGGUACUGGCAAGGUAGAACUUGUCAUGGAGAAGGCUUUAGAUGGCAGAAGGGACGUCCUUCUAUUCGAUUGCAAACCCAUAGUAGAAGCCAGAGGAGAGACUGCUACCAUUAAGCGUCUCGCUACAACCGUCGGCUACAGGCCACUCUUCUCCUGGGCCAACAGCAUCAGCAGCUUGGUCGAUUUAGCGGUGCAGAGCACUACUGGCGUUAAGGCAGGCUUCUCCGAAACUCUUGAAUCGCAGCUCAACAAGAUUCUGUACACAACUGCCAGCGCACUGAAAGAUGUUGGUCUCUGCGAAAGAUCCAAAAAGGACAAGGACGCCAGUCUUUCCGAUGAUGCAUACCUAGAAGCUCACCCCGAGUGCCGACCUGUUGUUGUUAUUGAUAACUUCCUCCAUAAGAGCGAAGAGCAAACGAUUGUUUACGAAAAGAUUGCCGAGUGGGCUGCUUCGCUUGUGCAGAACAAUGCUGCCCAGGUCAUCUUCAUCACCAGCGAGUCGACCUACUCCAAGGCGCUUUCCAAGGCGCUACCUGACCGAGUCUUCCGCAGCGUGUCCCUUGGAGAUCUCGACCCGGAGGUAGCCAUGGCAUUUGUCAAGGGACGCAUCGACAACGAUACUCCUAGCAAUUCUGACAAGGAUGACGGCAAACCCGCUCCCCAAAUCACCCUUCGCGGCCUGGACACAGCCAUUGAGACUGUCGGCGGUCGCUUGAUGGAUCUAGAGUCUCUCGCACGUCGCAUCAAGGCCGGUCAAUCGCCACGACAGGCAACUGAUGAGAUUGUCGGCGAAUGCGCCACCGACAUCGUCAAGAUGUUCUUGAUGGGUAAGAAUGGCGAUGGUCCUGAAAAGAAAUGGUCCACCGAACAAGUGUGGCACUUGAUCAAGGGACUUGCCAAGGAGCCGUCGCUACGAUAUAACCAAGUUCUUUUGUCUUCGACGUUUGCAUCAUCCAUUUCAUCCGCUGGUGCCAACGCUGAGGCUGCCAUCGAAUACCUUGCUGCCAGUGAUCUUAUUUCCGUCAAGUUCUCUCGGGGACACCCAACUGUCAUCACAGCUGGCAAGCCCGUCCAGCAGGCUGCCUUUGGUCUUCUUAUGCGCGAUAGAGUGCUGAGCGCCAAGAUGGACCUGCUUCUACUGAACGAACUUGCCAAGAUUGAGGCUAAGACUAUUGACAAGGCGGAAACAGAAUUAUCGCUAUUGGGUAGCCUGCCGCGCCAGACAAGUGAGACUGCAGGCAGAAUUCAGUAUCUCCUCACCAAACUGGAUGCGUCGCAGAAGAAGAUUAUUCUAUUUGAGAAGGAUAUCGCGGAGCGCAAGAAGAUUUUGGCUGAAGAAUCGUAACCACUGUUAGGUGUUUGACUCUUAUAUUUUAUACCAGCGAUACUCCCCAUUCGCCCUUUACUUAGUAAAUAUACGACUCCUCUGUUUUAAUAGUCACUCAU